GUCGCAAUAUGGCCUGAAAGUAUCGCUGUUGAAAGGCGCAGGUGCUAGAAUAGGCGAUGCGAGUCCUUUGAAGCUUUGCGAGUCUGUGAGUAUUGAAGAAUUACGGUCUUGGCGGUGACAGUUUAUGAAAAAAGAGCUUUAUGGGCCUUAUCCGACGACGGACCACGAUCCAGUCGUCAAUCGCUCCUCGCCCGCAACAACCGACGUCCUGAUGAAAGAACUCAAUCUCCCCCAGCCAGCCCCAAUUGACAGACUCGUCCAAACAAUUCCAGAAGGAAUCCCGAAAGCCCACCGGUUCGUAGCCGAGAUGGAAGGGCUGACAGAAUUCGUGGGAGGCGGGGAAGCGGAUGUGUUUCAUGGGUUUGCGAUGGUGUUUGAGAACGCUGAGGAGGGUCGUAGAGAAGGCUUCGAAGUUGCAGGAGACGUUAAAAUAAUAGUAGGCGUCGAGUUCAAAACUUUGCAAAGCUUAAGACGCGUUCCGAAGUUUAUGGUAAUGAGGACAAAAUAA